AUAGUUAAAAUCGCAGUCGUACAGAUAACGAUAGCUAUACAACAACUCGAUUUUCUAAGCGUUUUACUUAUCAAUCAAUACCCGAUAAGAUUAGGGUGCUGGCGAUAGAUAAGCCCGUAAAACGGAAACCUGUUCAACACGCUCACCUACAAGACCGCGAAGUGCAGGGUCGUCCAGUCUUGUUCGACAUUUCGACCACAAAAGGUCCAAAAACUCUAUGCCCGACACCGAUCGACCCUCACCAGGCGAUGGCUUCCAUACCAUUCCCAUCCAAAUCAACAACAACGACUACAUACCGGAUCGGCAGCGGGAGCUUAUCCUGCAGAAUACCCGCGGAGGAUGUUGCAACCGGGAUAUGAGGAAUCAGCCCCAGGCAAAUGCAGUUGGAGCAGCUGCUCUGAUAUUUGUUUCCGGAGGACUUCACAUUGCCUGGAGCAUUGGUUUUGAUAGUUUGGUUGCCGAAUUUUUGGUCACCAACCACGUUCGUGUCUGCUGGUUUGGAGCCGCGAUUAUUGGAGCUCUUCUGGGAGGAUUCUUCAGUCGAAAGAUUUCCUAUAAAUACCUGAUGGAUUUCUGCUCACUGCUGACCGUGGUCAGUGGCUUGGUGAUGUCUUUUACCAAAUUCAACCUGAAUGCCUUGCUGACGGCCAGGUAUUUAAACGGUUUCGCCAACGGAUUGGCCUUUGCCCCCACUCUGGCCAUGUCCGGGGAACUGACGGUUUUCUACAAGAGAGGCACCACCACCUCGGCGGCGGAGCAGUGGCCCACCACUAUUGGCAUGUUUGUCCAGAUUGUUUGCAGUGUAAGCUGGGAUAUGGAGAACGACUUCACCGAGGAGCAGUUCCAGGGCGUGCUGAGUGUGAUUCUGGGAGUUAUAGCCUUCUUUUUGGCGUGGAAAAUGUCCAUAGAGUCCCCUGUGGAUUUAUUGGAGGCAGGAGAGGAGCAAGCGGCUAUCGAUGCCCUGAGUCGACUUCAAAGGCCGCAGGCGGUGACGGCGGAGACCUAUGACCAGGCCAGCGAUCAUCGCUCCUAUCUCAACCACAAUUCGUCCUUGGGCUGGAGCCAUGCCUUCCCUGCCCUUCUGCGCUUGUCCUUGCUGAGGUUCCUGUAUGGCGUCAGCAGCAGCACGAUGGUGGCCUUCACCUUGUACUAUACAAGUAUGAGAGUGUACGGCGAAAGCUCCGGACCUUUUGUCGUCUUCGGAUUCUUCCGACUAAUUGGCAGCUUCUCGUGUGCCUUCGCCCUGGACACGCUGGGACGGAAGAUCCCCCUGCUCCUGGGACUGGUCAUUGCCGGAGGACUGUCCUUUGGCAUAGCCAGUCGAUUCGCAGGAAGUGCUCUGCUGCCUUUUGGGAAUAUGCGAAUGGCCCUGUGGCUCCUGCUCAUCUUCCAACUCUUCGCGGGAAUCGCCUUCGCCCCGCUCUCAUCCUACCUCUCGGAGGCCUUUCCUCGCAGGAUCAAGCGCCAGUGCAUCGCCAUCAGCUAUGUGGCUGAGAUGGUGGCCCAGUUGUUAAUCUGCCAGGUGGAUCUCGGAUCGGAGGUGUCUGGGGGCAAUCCGAUUGCUUUUUUCUUCUUCAGCUCUGGAUCUUUCCUGCUGUGCGGAUUCCUCACCUGCGUCUGGUUUAUGCCAGAGACGAAGGACACCACUCUGCUCCAGGCGCAAAUCAAGUUCCAGAAAUUUGUGAUCCUCCAGCCUGAAAGUAGGCCCUUCAAUACUGCUCUACUCACGCCUAGGUAUAGUUAACAAAUAAAUCUAACUUUUUAAACUC